AAUGGUUAAGUUCCGCUGUUUGGGUUGAAGGCAUUCGGUGACAGUCAGUGAAACUAUUUCUACUUACGAGACUGUUGUUGUCUUGUCGCCGAUUCUAAUUCUACUUCUUCUCCUUCUCCGCAAAACCCUAAUUCUUCUGAUUCACCAUUGUUGUUUGACAUUCACAUUCAUGGCUGAACCAAACGAACCCAAUGAAGCCACAUUAGCCCCCAAGCGCAAGUCCGAUCCUGAUCUUCAAGACCUCCCAUCCAAAGUUGCAAAGCUCGCUACUCCCAACCUCAAACAAACCCAGGAACCCCAACCUAGUGCUGAUCACAGCACUUCCCAACCUCCCAGUUCUUCCUCCGACCCUAAGGAACCCGACAAAAACGACAAAGAAAUCCAAAACGACGACGUCGAAGAAAAAAGCCCCCAAAACGACGACGAGGAGCACCAAAACAACGUUGAGGACGACGACGACGACGACGACGACGACGACGGCGACGAGGAGGAAGAGGAAGAGGACCGAAAGGGGAAAGGGAUUUCGCGUGAAGACAAGGGAAAAGGGAAAAUGGUACAAGAAGACGAGGAUGAUGAUGAUGAUUCCGACGACGAUAGUGAUGACGAUGACGACGCUUCCGAUGACGACGGAAGUGACUUCUCCGACGACCCGCUCACGGAGGUCGAUUUGAAUAACAUUCUGCCGUCCAGGACCCGGGGACGGGCGGGGGCGGCGAGUGCAGGAGUGCGCAUUGCCGAUGACCCGGGGAAAGCGGCCGUAGGCGGCCUCGGCGAUGAUGACGACGAUAGCGACGAUAGUGAUGCUUGAAUUCUGCACAGGUGGAAUCUUGGGUCCUGAUCAUCUAAAAUAUGGGGGCAAGAUCUGGUUGAGCAAAAUCCAAAAUCCUCCCCUACAUCCCUGUUGUUGAGCCUAUCUUAGAUGCCGUUUAAAUAUGAUAUGAUGAGCUUAGUUGAUAUGAUCCAAUGAAUUUUCACAACUAGAUAUGUUUCUUAAGGCCAAACUACUAAAAGAAUGUCUUGCCUCAGUUUCUUCUCUGAAGCUCUGUUGUUGUAUAUUCAUCAUUAUUCUUCCAUUUUCUGGGACAUUGUUUGCAAAGUGAACUCAUCAUUUGACUUUCACAUAUAUUCCAAAAAUCAAUGU